AUGGCCGAUCAGCCACUGAAAGAUUGGACCCGAAAGAAGGAUCUCCAUUUCUCGGGUCACUGGCCGAAUUCUAAUGAGAAUCUCGAAGUGACUAACGGCGAGGGUGCAUGGCUUCGUGAUUACAAACCUGCUCGUGAAAUUCUCGUUAAUUCUGAUGAAGAGAAGUCGCACGUCGACGCUGAUACGCGGGAUCAAUUGUUGUUUGAUCCAAUGCACGCAAAUGAUCUCACCGCUUUGCGAGAAUCCCCGGCUGCAGUUGCAAGAAUGUCAGGAAAAUCCCAGGAUACACCAUUAUCGCUGGAAUCUUUAAGGAAGACCAUUCUAGAAUUAAGAAAUAGUUUAAUAUUCGACGAUAAGAGAGAAAAUGUGCUCUCGAAAGGAGAAUCCAAGUGGUGGAGCGAUCCGAGAUUGGCAGCCGAAAUAUUCGAUUUUGAGAAACGUGAUCUUGAUAACUAUCCGGAUGAAGAAAUAAUGUGGAGGAUAAGGAGAGAUAAAAAUUUAGACGAUAAAGAUGAAACCGCAAGAAGCAUUUAUCAAAGAGCAGAAAAUUCGAAAGAAUCGCACGAUCGCAGUAAACGUAGAAGGCGGAGUUUCGUCGCAGAUUUAAGUUACUUGAAUAAUCAGACUAAUAUUCCUGAAAAUAAAAGUCGGACAUCUCAGAUGAUAAAAGACACCCUUGGGAACAUAAUCAGGAUACAGAAAUCCGAUGAUCUCGUUUUAAAAUUAAAUUCCACUUAUCUCGAUGGCGAUAAAAGAAAUUCGACGAAUGCUUCAAAUAAAAUAGACAUUUCCGAGUCGCAGUAUUUUUUAAAAGGAAACUUUUCCUCAAAUAAUUAUUUCAUUAACUUAACGAUUAUUCCAUUAAUGGAUGAUGAAACAAAUAUUUCUGGAUUGAAAUAUCCUUUAAACACAAAGUCUUACUUGAGUGAUCAUUUCACCGACAACGGAUCACUGCUUCUCGCGCGAAGUGAUCUUCAAACUCAUUCAUUAGAAUAUACAACCAUAAAUAAAGUUUCAAGCACGAGCUCGAAGGAAAUCAAUCAAAGUCCUACAAUUGAAACAGUAUCAAAAAGCACUCACUAUACAGCAAAGAUUUACACUAAUUUGUCCAGUUCUGGAAAGAAUCUUCUAGCAUCGAACGUGUCCGCAGAUUCGACAAUUAACGGUACAAUUGGCGACUGUGAGAAAUCCGUGAUAAACCGAAGCGACGAUGAAAAAUUAGGAAUCGCGGCACGGAAAAUAUCGCGACACGACGCGGAUGAUGGACAAUCGAAGGGUGCGGGAGAGAAGUUUCCCCGGGGAAAUACGUCGCGCGGUUUCGGCACGGUGGCAAAUGAAUCGCGGAGCUGCGUCGUCGAAACAACCGCGAGCAAACGAAGAGGAGGAGGAGUGGGAGAGAUCGAGGCGAACGAGACGCAAAAGGAGAACGGCGAGCCGAUACCCAGCGUGAUCAAGGUCUUUGAGCGUCGGAAGCAUCCGUAUCAAAAGCAGAAGGCAGAGACAGUGGCGAGAUUGUCCUGGCGAAUGGAGGGAGACGGAGUGUCCGCGGCGAAAAUGAAGACGAACGACGUUGACGAAUCAAGAAAUGCAAAUGCGGGAGGAGACUCUUCGAGUCCGAAGUCGAUUGAUCCUGUCACGGAUGCGACAGCGGGACCGCAAGCUGCAAGUAUAAACACUGAGCUCGGUGAAUCCGUAAUAUCGAAAGAUCAACGCGAGGAGCUCGCCUCGACGAUUGCGGACAACAAUUUGCGAAAGCAGCAACAGAUGGUUCCGCCUCUUAGCGCCGGGAAUAGGAAAGCAAAUAAAUCGAAUGGAAAUUCGGAUACCGAUGGAAUCGAUAUUCCUGCUCUCGAGUCAAACGGAAAUGAGACUAUGAAUGUAAAGGGAGGCACUCGAACUACAAUGGGAGCUCACGAGUAUCCCGAGUCCGGUAAUAAUUUACGGAGGAAAUUAUUAUGGAUUUCUGUCGACGCCGAAACUGAAGAUGCAUCGAUAGAGAACGCGAAAUCAGGUCGUAAUACCACGAGUGAGGAUCGCAUUGAAAACGUCAUACAAGAGAAUGAUCGACAGCGAGGUAACAUUAUUGCUAAUUCUCCGAAGUUCAGUAAAAUAUUAAUCAGAGUCAAACGUGAAAAUGGCGCUAAGGAAAGUUCUGCAUUGCAAAAUGCUUCAAAUAUUGAGACUGCCGACACAAGUCUUCACGCUCGCUAUAAAAGAGCUGCGCAUUCCUUCAAAAAUCCUGAACUCGAUAAUGAAGUGGACUCCGAAAAUGUAGCAGCCGAGAAAGAAGCGGCGAUAAAUCAAGACGAGAAACACGAAAAUAAUGAAGAAUAUCGAAAUCAGAAUGUCGAAGAGCUUAAGGGGGAUUAUAAUGACGGAGAAGAAGAUGCAGUAGAAGAUAAUGAUAAGGAAAUGGAAAAUGAAAAAGGAGAGCGAUCUUCAGCCAGGCAGCCGAUCGAUCCUGUGAAAGCUAAAGUCGACAUGUUGAUUAGAGAAAAGCUUGAGAAGAACAAUAAGUGCGGCAAUUACAAGAGAAAGAAACGUAUGCUGGACAUGAUCGAAUAUUACGAUUAUGAGGACGACGAAGGGCGAGAGCGUGAUGCGCCGAUAAACGAGCGCGAGAUCGAUAAACUUUCGAUCGACGAUAAAACGAAGGCAAAGCGCGAGGACAAAAUACCGUGUGGCUUAGGAAAGAAGAAGAACGAGAAUGCCGAAGAGUUGAUGAAACAAGAACGCCAGAAGAUGCGAGCAAAGAACAAGGAGCCAAAAGAAGAAAUCAUCGUCGAUCUUGGCGCACGUAGAAAUAAGACUGUGAAAAACAGUCGGAACAAGCUGUCCGAUUUGUCGGGAUCAAAUUUCGAAGAUGUAUUCAAUGAAGAAGGACGACCACUUAUUAAGAUGGAAAACUCCGAGAACAUCCAUCAAAGCGAAGAUCUUGCAAAUAAUGUUUUUCAUGAAGAAUCAGCAGACGCGAGAUCGAAAUGGUUGGGCCGAUCGUUUGACAGCAGAAUGGCAACGUCAAGGAAUUCAGAAUCGGCAUUAGAUAACCAGAAGAAAAAAGUUGGUUUGGAUGAACAUUUAGGCCACAUAUCCAGUGAACGUACAGAUGCAAAUCCUGACGUUAUCGAAAAUAUUGUCCUAGAUAUUCAGCCUAUAAAAAUUCUAGACCGAAACAAAGAGCUAGAAGUCUCUAGGGACUUUUAUGAAGAUUCUGAAAACGAACGACCAGAAGAUGAUUAUUAUGAUCAAGAUAAUGAUCGCAAGGACUCGAAUAAUGUCAAGCCUUUGUACGAGGAGUUGAAAAACGUGUACGAUUGGCCUGAUGGCGAAUUAAAGAGCGGGCCGCGUCUCAGAGGCGAUCAAAGACUGCGUUAUGAAUCGGAUGAUAAGCUCGAUACAAACCCGUCUCAAUUACAGCCAUUGAACGAUGGAUUCUUCGGCUCGUAUCAAAACAACGACGCAUCAAGGAGAUUCCACUCGUCCGAUGCAUCUUGGAUGAGUUCGAGUAACACUCCAACGAACAAUUAUGUUGCACUUAAAGUCACAGAUGACAUGUUUAAAGGCGGUUUUGAGCAAAGCCGUUUGGAGGAAAAUUCGAAUGUACUUUCCGACAGCGAGUCCGAAAUAUCUAAAGUACAGUUAUCGAUAAUUGUAAAACAAAUAAUGCCUUUGCAAUUUCAAUAA